AUGAUGCUAACGACUUCAAAUGGUCAUCAGUUUAAUGCCUAUUUCACAGAUAGGUGGCAUGAGCCCACACUGAUGCACGAUUGUUUAUACUAUAACUCUACUGACGACUUUCCGGACUAUGAAGGUGGUUGGUAUGGACUAUCCCAAAUCAUUCAAUAUUGUAUUCGUCCUGAACCAUUUGAAGUAGUCAAUUCUGCACUGCUUAAUGUUCAUGGUACCGUCCACACAUUUAACGAACUUCGUCAACAGCAAGUAACUAGUCAGCAGUUGUGCGAAUGGUCUGCUCCAGUUGAUCUGGCUGAAGAUUACCAGGUUUAUUUAGACAAUCCGAACGAACUAUUUCCCAAUCAAACAUUUAACAAUUGCACGCGUCCAUGGUUUGGACAAUUUUGCCAAUUUCGUUUUGAUGAAGAUAAGUCUCUAUCUGAUAUUGUCAAAAUGUCUUUAGCAUCCAAAAGUCAGCACUCUGAAAAUGCUUUCGAAAUAACGAAUCUUACUUGCUAUAUGCAUCUAAACUGUCGCACUGGACCAGAACCACGUUGUCUUGACUGGCGUGAUGUUUGUGAUGGAAAGAUAGACUGUAUGAACGACAAUGACGAUGAGCGCUAUUGUGUCGAGUUGGAGAUAAGCAUCUGCGGCAAAGACGAGUUUCAGUGUCAUAACGGACAGUGUAUUCCAAUGGAAUUUUAUCGUAAUGAUCGUGCUAAUCCAGAUUGUUUGGACGGUAGUGAUGAGAAAGGGAGCUUUGCUUGCUCGGAGGAUCCAACAAUGAGAUGUGAGGAUCGUUCUAGUGGACUUGGUUUUACUCCUGAGUUACAGUACAUUACGUUUAACUGCGGCGAUGGAAAUCCAGUUGACAUUGGAGACAGCCGCGAUUGCGAGAAGGGACGACUUUCCCUUUUCACAAAAACAAUUUUUUCAAAAAUAAAUAAUCCUUUUCUAACCAUCGAAUGUUGGUCGGCGAUGAUUGAUUCUCUUGAAAUUAAGAAACACAUGAACAUCGGAAUACAAACAAACUCCCCUUGUCAGAAGAGCGGUUCUCGAUGUAACGCAUUCAUAUCUGCACAUUGUCCAACAUUAUUUGCUUUUCCUUUCUUUCCGACAUUGUUUGGUCAUAUCUAUCUAUAUUACUCGCAAAAUCAAUCUAUUGAUGAAGUUUUGGCAAGUAGAAAUCCUAUUAAACCACACUAUGUGUGCUACAAUGAGCAACUAUGCCCAUUUCUAACGUGGACUAUCAGAAUAAAUGGAUCAACUUGUCGUCUAUUCAAUGGGUUCAGUCAAAAAUCUGAUUGGUUUGGCAUGCUGAAAGAUCUUGCUAGUAUAUUUUGGACAUAUACUACCAACAACAUUAGUGAGCAGCAUUGCAAAAAUGAUGGAUUCUAUCAGUGUAAGAAUUCUACGAAGUGUAUUCUUAACCGACGAUUAACUGACGGAUUUGUCGAUUGCAUAGAUGGGAGCGAUGAGAGCAGUAAUUAUUCAUGCACUGUAAACGAUGAUCUACGGUUUUCAUGUUCUUCUGAAAAUAAAUGCCUCUCCCAUUUGCUUUGGUUGGAUGGAUAUAAGGACUGUUAUCACGGUGAAGACGAAAUUUCACCAGAAACGUCGUCAAACACUGAAUCAAUCUCUUUCGGAACAUUAUGCGAUGGUUUUAUCGAAAUUAAUCUUAACCAGUAUAUCGUUAAUACUUCCGUCGAGACGGAUGAAACAAAUUGUGAUCAUUGGCCAUGUAGUAAUAUUUACACCCGCUGUGAUGGCUUCUGGAACUGUAAGAAUGGGGCUGAUGAACUAAAUUGUACUAAUCUAUCCAGUAAAUGUUUACCAAACGAAUUCGUUUGUGUGUUACCUGAAAGUUUUUCAUUGGGUUGCUUACCUGCUAUACGUGCAGGUGACGAACAUGUCGAUAGUUUUGGAGGAUCAGACGAGCGAUUCUAUUGUCGCAAUAAGGUAGCUGAUGACCCAGAUAAGCGAUAUCGUUGUUCGAACAGUACCAAAUGUAUCGAUAUAUUUGGUAUGUGUCGAUUUAAAGAAAUGUGUCCAUUCGGAGAUGAUGAUAGAUUUUGCGAAAGUUCACGUUUUGACGACGGAUUAUGCUUUGAAUACACUAACUAUCCAGAGCUUGAACACUACCCAAACUAUAAGCUUUUUUGUGCGUUGAGUGAAGCUUCCAAACCCAGUGUAGUUCAUUUCGCUUUGACUAGGCGCAAACGCGGCGCAACCGAAACUAGCACGAUCUCGCAUCAAGAGAACGUAGUUUUGUCUUGGCACCAAAACCAUUAUACAAAAAGCUUGCAGGUGGCUUGGCUAUGCAAUCGCGGUUUGUUGACUUGGCAUUUGACUCACGAAAAACUUGUUUAUCAGUGCCUUUGUUCACAAGCUUAUUAUGGUAGUCGAUGCCAAUUUCAAAGUCAGCGCUUGAGCCUUUCUUUUCGUGUUCAAACGUUUGAGAUGCGUACAGCAUUCAACUUGGUUAUAAUACUCAUGGACAACACUUCUAAGAUUCACUCACACGAACAGUGUAUCUAUUAUGGAGUUCGUGAUUGUAACGUUCAAUUUGGAUUAAAUCUCCUUUAUUCCAGUCGAUCUAAAAAUGAUUCAAUGAAAUACAUUGUUCGCAUAGAUGUGUUUGAGAAGCUGGCCUUGAAAUACCGUGCCAGCUGGCAAUUCGUAGUUCAAUUCUCAUUUUUACCAGUAUAUCGCAUUGCUACUUUUCUAAAGAUUCCAAUGGAAGCGAGUGAUACAUCAAAGAAGUGUUCUCCUAAGUGUUUAAAUGGCGAGUGUCUAUUAUAUACAAAUACACAGGCACCAUUUUGCAGAUGCUUUCACAGAUGGUUUGGUUCAUUUUGUGAAAAAGCUCACCAAUGUAAUUGUGCUAAUGGAUCUAUCUGUCUCGGAUCUGGUAACAGCAACGCUAUCUGUGUAUGCCCCCUUAGCAAAUACGGACCACGAUGCUUACUGACGCGAUCAUCGUGCAAUCCAAAUCUAUGUUUCAAUGCUGGUCUGUGCGUUCCAACAGAUGAGCGAGUUGCUGAGCGAGACUUUUCCUGCAUAUGUAAACAAGGGUAUACUGGCGUGCAAUGCAAGUCUGAAGAAUCAAGCAUUGAAAUAUCUUUUUUGGAUAUGUCCAUUCCUACACCUGUGUUUGUUCAUUUCAUUACUGUUAUGGUGAAUGCUCCAUCCUUACGCGUAACUACAAUUAGAAAACUUGCUUUUGAUCAGAAUACAGUUAUUGUAAAACAAACAACUGAAUACCAUAUAAUUUUUGUGCAAUUUUCUAGUUACUACUAUUUAGCUUAUGUUGAACCCGAAUUUGUUCCUUCAGCAAGUUUAAAUUUACCGUUGGUUACUUCAAAUCGUUGCUACCGAAUUGAUCAACUUCUAAACUCUACGCUAAUGGCACUGAAUCUUAUUGAACGCAUGAAAUAUUAUCAUAUCCCGUGCCUCAAAGACGAACGUUUGAAAUGCUUCUACGAUGAAGAGCAUAUGUGCUUAUGUACAAUUGAACACCAUGCCAAUUGCUUUGAUUUUGAUCACAAUAUGACAUAUGAUUGCCAACGAUCGAUUUAUUGUCAAAAUGACGCUCAAUGCUUUCAAGAUCAUCCUACUUGUCCAUCAUUCAUGAUAUGUGUUUGUGGUGAAUGCUCUUAUGGAUCACGUUGCCAAUUUACUAGUAAUGGUUUCACCCUUUCGCUCGAAGCUAUUCUUGGUUAUCAGAUUCACCCUCAUAUUACAUUGAAGCGACAGCCAACGAUUGUCAAAGUGAGUGUAGUAGUGGUGAUGGGUCUAGUCGUAUUGUCUUUGAUCAACGGUACGAUUUUAAUCAUUACUUUUCAAAGUGACAAAUUAAGAAAAGUUGGAAGUGACUUAUACCUAUUCGUUUCGUCGAUCAUCUCCAUUUUCACCGCUGUCAUAUUUGCAUUGAAAUUUUGGCUUGUUGUUUUUGCACAGCAAGGCACAGUCACCAAUCGAGCAUUUCUCUCGUUUAGUUGUAUCAUAAGUGAUGGUCUCUUCCAAGUUUUUCGCAGUUUUGCAAGCUGGCUUCAUGCAGCUGUAAUUGCUGAGCGGGCCUUUGGAGUAUCCAAAGGUGUGAGCUUUGAUAUAUCAAAGACCAAACAAAUUGCUAGAACAACCAUGUCUAUUUUGUUUUGUUUCGAAAUUCUGUCGAACAUUCAAGAUCUCUUAAACCGGCACUUGAUUGAUGAUAUUGAGGAGCAACGAACAUGA